GAUCGGUCUGAGCCGGGAGCCGGUGCUGCUGGACGCCGCGGACCUCAGCCUGAGCCAGGUCCGGGAGGUCGCGUGCUCCAUCGUGGACCAGAAGAUUCCCGAGUGUGUUUUCUACGGGAUGUAUGAGAAGAUCAUGCUGUUUCGUCAUGACCAGACGUCGGAGAACGUGCUGCAGCUGCUGCGCUCGGCCUCUCAGAUCCAGGAGGGCGACCUGGUGGAGGCCGUGCUGUCGGCUUCGGCCACAGUGGAGGACUUCCAGAUCCGUCCACACUGUCUGUUCGUUCACUCCUACCGAGCUCCAGCCUUCUGCGACCACUGUGGGGAGAUGCUAUGGGGACUCGUUCGGCAGGGACUCAAAUGUGAAGGCUGCGGUCUGAACUAUCACAAGCGUUGUGCCUUUAAGAUCCCCAAUAACUGCAGCGGAGUGCGUAGGCGUCGCUCGUCCAACGUUUCCCUGACGGGGGGGCUGAUAAACCUGGGGCGCCCCCUCUCUGCUGAGCCCUCACCGCCCCACUACACCGACGAGGCUUUACUGUCUCCAGUGAGUCCCAGCAUGGAGCAGAAGAACCAAUUAGAUUACUUCCCGGGUCGAGAGCGGCGCUCCAGCUCCCAGUCAUACGUCGGACGUCCCAUCGAACUGGACAAGAUCUUACUGUCGAAGGUUAAAGUUCCUCACACCUUCCUGAUCCACUCGUACACCCGGCCCACCGUCUGCCAGCACUGCAAGAAGCUGCUGAAAGGCCUCUUCAGACAGGGCCUGCAGUGUAAAGAUUGUAAAUUUAACUGCCAUAAACGAUGUGCUCCUAAAGUGCCAAACAACUGUCUGGGAGAAGUUUCUAGAAAUGGAGAGCUCCUGAGCCCGGGGGCGGAGUCAGACGUGGCCAUGGUGGAGGGUUGCCUCGACGACCACGAUGUCGACAGAGGUGGCGGCCUGUUGGACGACAUGGACGACGCGCUGACAUCAGGGGGGGGGCUCCUGCUGGAGGCGGGGCACAGUGACCCCGACAUGCACAGUGACCCCGACCUGGACGAGUCCAACCGGGCCAUCAGCCCGUCCACCAGUAACAACAUCCCUCUGAUGCGAGUCGUUCAGUCCGUCAAAAACACAAAGAGGAAGACCAGCAACGUGAUGAAGGAGGGCUGGAUGGUCCACUACACCAGCAAGGACACUCUGAGGAAGAGACAUUACUGGCGGCUGGACAGCAAAUGCAUCACAAUGUUUCAGAACGAAACAGGAAGUAAAUACUUCAAGGAGAUCCCUCUAUCAGAGAUGUUAUCUCUGGAACCGGCUCAAGACUUUUCUCUUCUCGCUGACGGAGCCAACCUCCACUGCUUCGAGAUCGCCACGGCCUCCCUGGUUUACUACGUCGGAGAGCAGCUCCAGAGAUCUGAAUCGUCUGGGACCGGCAGCAGCAGCAAUCUGGUCAGCGGAGUCGGGCAGGAUGUGGCCCGGAUGUGGGAGAUGGCCAUUCAGCACGCUCUGAUGCCGGCCGUCUCUACCGGGGUCUCCCACACCUCUCACCGCAGCGGACACAAGGAGAUUUCCAUCAGCAUUUCUGUCUCUAACUGCCAGAUCCAGGAGAAUGUGGAUAUCAACUCCGUGUAUCAGAUCUUCCCGGACGAAGUUCUCGGCUCGGGACAGUUUGGCAUCGUCUACGGAGGUAAACACCGGAAGUCUGGCCGAGACGUCGCAAUCAAGAUCAUCGACAAACUUCGCUUCCCCACCAAACAGGAGAGUCAGCUACGCAACGAGGUGGCCAUCCUGCAGAGCUUGCACCACCCCGGCGUGGUCAACCUGGACUGCAUGUUCGAGACGCCGGAGAGAGUGUUCGUCGUCAUGGAGAAGCUGCACGGAGACAUGCUGGAGAUGGUCCUGUCCAGUGAGAAGGGACGACUGCCAGAGAGGAUCACCAAGUUCAUCGUCACACAGGUAACACACACACACACAACACACACACACACACACAGAGGUUUGUGUCCCACGGCUCUCGUCUUGUUUCAGGUGAAGCUGUGUGACUUCGGCUUCGCUCGGAUCAUCGGCGAGAAGUCGUUCAGGCGUUCUGUGGUCGGCACGCCGGCGUACCUCGCUCCCGAGGUCCUGAGAAACAAAGGCUACAACCGCUCGCUGGACAUGUGGUCGGUCGGGGUCAUCAUCUACGUCAGUCUCAGCGGGACGUUCCCUUUCAACGAAGACGAAGACAUCAACGAUCAGAUCCAGAACGCUGCCUUCAUGUACCCUCCUCAUCCCUGGAAGAAGGUUUCUCAGGAAGCUAUUGACCUGAUUAGCAACCUGCUGCAGGUAAAGAUGAGGAAGAGAUACAGUGUCGACAAGACCCUCAGUCACCCCUGGUUACAGGACUACCAGAUGUGGCUGGACCUGAGGAACCUGGAGUCCCGGAUGUGGCUACAUCACGGCGCACCCCCCACCGGCUUGGCCUGUUGUGUGGUCCGAUGA